AUGGCUAAGGACCAGUGCCUCUCCAAUAUGGGAGAAGUGGAGCAUGCGGGUUUGUCAGAUCUGGAGAUCAUCUCCCAGCCAGUAGAGGAUGAGAAUGCCGGCAUGGCUGCCCCGGUCCAGCUAGUGAGCUUCAGCUACAGAGACCUGCCCCUGGCCGCUCUGGACCUCUCUCUAGCAGGCUCACAGCUCCUCUCCAACAUAGACGAAGAUGACAACAGGGAAGGGUCCAACUGGCUGAAGCCAUGCUGUGGACGUCGGGUGGCCCUGUGGCAGGUGUGUCUGCUCAGUGCUGGCUUCAACUGUAUCCUGGUGGCCUGUGUCAUCCUGGUGGUGCUCUUCCUGGCCUUGGAACUGCUCAUAGACACAAAGCUCCUUCAAUUUGCCAAUGCUUUCCAGUUUGCCAGCAUUAUCCACUGGAUCAGCCUUAUCAUCCUCUCCCUCUUCUUUUCAGAGACUGUGUUUAGAAUUGUAGUGCUUGGGAUUUGGGACUACAUUGAGAACAAAGUUGAGGUAUUUGACGGUGCUGUCAUUGUGCUGUCCUUGGCUCCCAUGGUGGCCUCCACAGUGGCCAAUGGGCCCAGCAGCCCGUGGGAUGCCAUCAGCCUUAUCAUCACUCUUCGUAUCUGGAGGGUCAAGAGAAUCAUUGAUGCUUAUGUCUUACAGGUUAAGGUUGAGAUGGAACUGGAGAUCCAGCAGUGUGAGAAGACAAAGGCCGUGAGGGAGGAGCAGCUAGAGCGGCUUACACAGAUCUGCCAGGAACAGGCUUUUGAGAUCCGGCAGCUGAGGGCCCAUCUGGCUCAGCAGGACUUGGACUUGGCGGCAGAGCGUGAAGCAGCCAUGCAGAUCCACCACGUGUGGGGCAAGCAGGGCAGUGACUUCCAGGUGGUGGAGGGUCUGGCUCCUGGGGAGUCUGAUGAUGAGGGUGGCCAGAGGAACCCUAGAGAGCCCAGGGCCACUGCAGAUCCAGUCGUACAUGAUGACAUGAACAACUACAUCAGCCAGUACUACAGCGAGGCAAGUGCUGAGGGUGGAGCAUCGGCCACAGGUACUCGGGUCAUCACCACCGCAGCCAUUGAUGUGCAUCUCCCCACCAAUCCAAACCCCAUCCACUCCAAUCCCCUGCUGGCUAUGGAGAGGGUGGGGAGUGCCAUGAGCGAUGCCUCUACAAGUGUAUCUCGGUCUAGCAGCAGCCUGACCAUCCGCCCCCACAGCCUUAGCAGCCACACCCUGGGUUCAUCCACCACGGACUGUAGUGGCAGCACAGCCCGUGACCUGAGCCUGAACUACAGCUCACAGCGCUGCUGCCCUCCCUCCAACUCAGGCCAGGCCCCAUGCCGGGACCCCAGCGUGGUUGUGCAGGAGCUGCUCUCCUCCCUGUCCGAGGAUUCCUGCCUCGGCCAAAAGGGUCUAGUGGUGGAUCCUGUCAACCUGAAGCUCCCUAGUCCUGCUGGCUCAGCCAAUGCUAGCCCUGAACUAGAGCACAGGAUCAACAUCUACAACCGCCGGAACCAGGAGGAGAGGCGGGGACAGACGAGGGGCUGUGUGCUGCUGCAGACCAAGCCCCUCAUCCAUCUUCAGGGUAGCAGCACCGGGCCCUCUCUGGAAGAGAAGUACCGGCUCCUCGGGCCAGCUGACACAUCUCUGGGACGCAUGCCGGAUACUUAG